UUCGAGUAUCGCUGUGGUUCACGCGUCGACCUAAACACGAUUAGACUCUCGAACGAGAGACUCGCGUCAUUUAUUUAUGUGCAUUUAUUCAGAUAGAUAUGGAUAUUAUCGAUGUGUUGCUUCAAGCUGGGUUGAUUACUUCAGCCUUGGUUUUGUAUUUGUUAUUCAUACGUAAACAACCGGCACGUAGAGGAGAAUAUAAAUUGCCAGGCUGGAACUACCCCUUGAAGCUUUUGCUAGCUAGAUAUGCUGUGAAGCGAUGGAAAGCUGGUUUACACUCAAUAGUCGGAGAUGAGUCACCACGUGGUCCACAACACGAAGGCUGGGACUCCAUUUCCAUUCGCACUGCAGCGCCUAAUGGAGUCACGGUGCUUUUGGGAGUUCGGAAAUUAUGUGGGCGCCAACCCAUGGUUGAAAUAAUUGUGUAUGUAAAAUUAAAAGACGGCACAUCUUACGAACUGAUGGAUUGUCCCGACACACUGGUUGGAGCAUGGCUAUCAACAACAGAUGGAUGGCGUGCUGGCGGACUGAAGAUACAAAUUUUAGAGCCCCGUUGUCGAAUGAGAAUUUUGUACAACGGUCUUUUAAAAAGAACAACAGACAAUGUUACUCAACAUGUAACGUUUAAUUUAACGUGGACCUCGAGUUCUGUUCCCGUAGAGCAUCCCAAAGACUGGAACGAGAAAUUAGCGGCACAAACCUUGGCUUUGGAACCAUGGCGAGAUAGUCAAUGGUCGUCGAUGCUAGGUAAAUGGGAAGAAGGAAGCUGGCUUCAGUGGGGAACCGUGCAAGGACGAUUCCAGUCGUUUACUGCGGAAGGCGCUCUUGACACGACUGAAUACCUGCAAACUCGAGGAGUGAAAGAGAGGCAUUGGGCGCCGCACGCAUAUGAGGGUACACGGAGAUCUUUUUCUAUAACGGCGUCAGCAAGAGAUGGUACCGCUGUCGUGCUACGAGGAGUGUCUUACAAAAAGGUUUUGACUCAGUGCUUGUCAGGUUGUGUCAGACUCCCUGAUUACAGAGUACUGACUAUUACGGAUACUGAUUUGAUCAUGUCCGAUUUUUGCGAAACUCCUGGUGGAAUACCAAGUGCUUACACCAUAAACAUAUACACGGAGGAACGUUCCCUCAAAGUUGUGCUCCGCAUCGGCGAGGAGGGAUGUACGGCUUAUAGCGGAGUUCCGUACCAACAGGAACUGGUGUACCGCGCGAUCGUCGCUGAUAUCGACGGGGAAGCGGGCUCUGGUAUCUUGGAGCUUGGUUAUCUGCCUAAAGUCAUUGCUCAGCCAUCAGUCCGUCUCACUCCAGCGCCCAUUUUGAAAUGGUUGUUAAAAAAAGAUGCUGGCUUCGUCGGCUAUUGUUUGUCGUUCGAAGAACGUGCUGCGACGUGUACUGAUUACGUCGGCGGGAAAGGAGCAUCCUUGGCACUACUAACCUCCGUACAGAAUGAUGAGGGAUACCGGGUGCCACCGGGUUUUUGUAUAACAACUAAAGCACUGGAGAAACAUCUUCAAUUGCAUACUGAACUGAAAGCAGCUAUACAAGAUAUAGAGGCAGCUAAUGAAAAUUAUGAGGAGGCUUACUUCAAAGAACAAUGUCAGAAAGUUUCAUCAUUAUUCUUGGCUUUAGAAUUAAGCGCAGAUAUAAAGAAAGACAUAUUAGAAUAUAUGCAGGAAUUGAGGAGCAAAUCCGCACAGCUGAAAGACGCACAGGAGUUGCGAUUUGCCGUCCGAUCUUCAGCGGUCGGCGAAGAUAGCGAGGCAUUAUCUGCUGCUGGACAGAACGAAACAAUUUUGGGUUGUGUCACCGACGACGACGUGAUACGAGCGGUCCAGAAGUGCUGGGGCUCCAUGUUUGAGUUCACAAGUACCUAUUAUCGCAGACAGAACGGCCAAGUAUGUUUAUGCGGAGGCGGGGUCGUGGUGCAGACGCUGGUGUCGCCUCGCGUCGCCGGCGUCAUGUUCACUCGACACCCUGACGCUGGAGAUCCUUCGAGGCUACUCAUCACCGCAAAUUAUGGAUUGGGAGAAAGCGUCGUCUCCGGUACCGUAGAGCCCGACACGAUAAUCGUGAAGCGAGAACCAAACGGCGUCCUCACUAUCCAGAAAAGGGAACUAGGAUCUAAAACGCGACGCCACGUUGCGUCAUCCAGCGGCGGAGUCAUUACAGAAGACGUUCCGGAAAAAGAAAGAAGUGUUGCCUGUUUGAAUGACACCGAAGUACUUAAGCUAGCUCGACUGGGCGUUGUACAAGAGGAACUUUGGGGGGCCGGGAGGGAUAUAGAGUGGGCUAUAAGUGGCGAUCAAGUGUAUUUAUUGCAAGCGCGGCCGAUUACGUCCUUAGAACGAUGGACUGAAGAAGAGCUACUACACGAAGUCGACUCUCCGAUUAUGGCAGAUAACGAACUGACCACAUUCGGCAACACUGGAGAGGUUCUUCCGAAGCCUGUAACUCCGCUAAGCUACGAUUUGGUGAUACGUCCGCUGAUAUGGAGCAUGGACCGAGCCAUAAUCACAAACGGCAGCCAGUACGACCACAGUCUAACGCUCAGCCACUACAGAUGCGCUAUAUCUUUGUAUAAUUCAGUUUAUCGAAGAGUACCAAAAAAGCUAGACACUAACAUACGAAUGAUGGAAAUGGCCAUAAACGGACACAAAAUAGCGGACGAAAACAUUCACAAGACCGCGCUGAUUCGCAGGAAACCGCACUGGACUGAUCGAAUAAGGCUGAUUCAUCAUAUGAUUAUGUCUAUAUUGACUUCGAAAUGGAAACUAAACGAUACAGUUAAGAAAGCGAAAGAUCUAGAAGUUGGAACGAACGCCAAAGAACCAAUCGAAUUACUGGAAAGUAUUGCUGAAUGUGAAGAUUUGAUUGGCGAGCUGACGUACAAUCACAGCGUGACCACCGUGGCCAGCACGUCCAGUCAGAUUAUAGCUAUGACCAUACUCAUGGAAGGGAGUGCAGACUUCACUCCAGAACAAUGUAAUGAGAUCAGCAAAUUGCUAAGCUCCGGAGAUGUGUUAUCAGCAGAGGUUCCACAGUGUUUGGCAAACUUAACUAGGCAAUUAGAAAAAUCCCGGCUGAUGGACGAAUUUCGUGCCCAAGACCCGAAGUACGCAUUGAGAUGGUUGAAAAGGAAUCUCCCUCAUAUUUACCUAGACAUUUGCACAUUCCUCGAGCACCAUGGAUAUAGGGCUAUCAUGGAGUUUGAUUUAUACACGAAGCCAUGGAUAUUGGUCCCGGAAGAAAUGAUGAAAAUACUACAAAACCUACGUUCUUCACCGGAGGAACCACAACAAUCUAAGACAACAGACGAAGUCAUCGCUUCCUUGACCACCCCUAAGAAGAACAGCACCAGGAAAGUCCUACGAUGGGUGUUGCCUCUCUGCAGGAGAGCGGUUCGCCACCGCGAGGGCACCAAAGCGCACCUCAUUCUGGCUGCACAUAAAAUGCGAUUGGCGUUAUUACGGCUCGGCGACAUGUUGGUACGCCAAUGGUAUCUGCCGCAUCCAGACUUGGUAUUUUUCUUCAGGCUGGGCGAACUCCAAGAGUAUGUUAGGAAAAGAGAUCCGGUGUUGUUAAAGAAGGCAAUCCAACGCCAGCAGUAUUACCCGAAAUGGUGCAAGUUGAAAUUCAACGAACUGAAUAAUGGAUGGAUAGCGCCUCUAGAAGCAAAAGGUCCUUCGGUCAGGGCCGGUGACGUCAGAAUCGAAGCGACCUCCGUCUGCGGCGGAGAGGUAGUGGCCAGAGCCUGUGUCGUCAAAGAACUUUCUGAAGUCGAUCAACUGCAACAAGGCGACGUGCUGAUAACGCACGCGACAGACAUCGGCUGGUCCCCCUACUUCCCGUUGCUGACUGGAAUCGUCACUGAACUAGGCGGCCUUAUCUCACACGGUGCUGUGAUCGCUCGCGAGUAUGGUUUGCCGUGUAUCGUCGGCGCUACCGAUGCGACAGAGAUCUUCCGGACCGGCGACCUCGUCCGGCUGUCCGGGACAAAAGGAGUGCUCGAAAAAGUUGUAGUAGAAAAUAAACCGGGAGACGAACAAAUCGAAAACGCCGUGAAAGUAGGCGACAAUUAAAUACAAUGAAAUAUAAUUUAUGAAUAAAUUUUAUUUUUAAAAUACAACAUUUAAUAAAUACAAGUCUGAAAUGUUUUUCAUAUAAAAUAAAAGUCAUACAACAACACAC